AUGUGGGCCAGGGUCCUUUUCCUUAAAGGCCCUGACACCACCAGCACCGGUCUUUCACCAGCGUGCACGGUGCACAGCUGCCUGCAAGAUAAGCAAGGAUUCCUGCAGGGAGGAUUUGAAGUCCCACCAGCCAUAAUAACGGACAGAAGCCCGUUCGAAACGGACACGCUCACCCUGACCCUGUACGUUAUGGAAAAGGGGCGACAGGCCAAAGGAACCGGGGAGCUCACCCAGUUGCUGAACUCCAUGCUGACGCGCAAGGCGGGCCUGGCCAACCUGUAUGGAAUCGCAGGAAGUGUGAACGUGACAGGAGAUGAGGUGAAGAAAUUGGCCGUGCUCUCCAAUUCCCUGGUCAUCAACAUGCUUCAGUCCUCCUACAGCACCUGUGUUCUGGUCUCUGCAGAGAAUAAAGAAGCCAUUAUCACAGCCAAGGAGAGGAGGGGGAAAUGUUUGGUUUGCUUUGACCCCCUGGAUGGAUCUUCCAACACUGACUGUCUGGCCCCCAUUGGAACCAUAUUUGCCAUCUGCAGAAAGACCACAGAGGAUGAGCCUUCAGAAAAGGAUGCCCUGCAGCCUGGCUGCAAUAUCGUGGCUGCGGGUUAUGCACUGUAUGGUGGUGCAAUCCUGGUGGCUCUUUCCACGGGACAAAGGGUGGACCUCUUCAUGCUGGACCUGGCCUUGGAGAGAGCCUUGUCGGAAGCACAACUGAGAGGCAUACCUUCGAUCACGGCACAGGCUGCUUUGGUAAGUGUGGUUGGUGAUCAGGGAAAGGUCUGCUGGCCAUUCCUGUGUGUUCUAACAGCAAGGACUCUGCAAUUGAAGAGGAGAGAACCAGGAAGGAGGCUGGGCUUCACAUUCCAAUCUCGGAGGCAGUGUGUAGAAAAUGUGAGGAGUGAAGUUAAAUCCUGUUGACUUGUGUUUCCAUGGUCUUGAAAGACCAGAGUAAUGUGAGAAACCCUU